UCUAGAGCUUGAAGGUUAGCCCACAGCCACCCACUUCAGUACUCCUUGAUAAAGUCUUAAAUGUUUAACCCCGACAAUACUACUAUCAUGAGUCACCAUUAGCAACAUAUCUUUGAGCUGGAUCUGUUUCCCACAAGAAUGGUGCUUGGUGUUGCUGUGAUCGGCGCGGGUGCGAACGGCCUGUGCGCGGCUCGCUAUCUGUCAGCCGACCCGGAUCGCUUCUCGCCGACCGUGUACGAGCAGGGCUCGGCGGUGGGAGGGACCUGGGUGUACACAGACCGGACCGGCACUGACGACAGCGGGCUCCCGGUACACUCCAGCAUGUACAAAACCCUGAGGACAAAUAUUCCAAAGGAAUCGAUGCCAUUUUCGGACUUUCCAUUCGAGAGUAGCCUGCAGUCUUACCUCUCUCGCCAGGAGGUGCUGCAGUACCUGGAGGGGUAUGCCGCGCACUUUGGACUAAACAAGUAUAUUCAGUUCCAGACCAGGGUUGACGCGGUGAAGCCUGUUCAAGUUAACGGCACCGUGAAAUGGAGCGUCACGAUCUCUGACGUCACGGCUCCAGACAAACACAGCACUGAGCAGUUUGAUGCAGUCAUGGUUUGUACUGGGCGGUAUUCCUUCCCGUAUGUCCCGGCCAUCCCCGGUGCGGACCGGUUCCAGGGCGGGACCGUGCACAGUCACAACUACCGGGUCCCUGACCCGUUCCGUGGGAAGAACGUCGUCAUCAUCGGGGCCUCUUACUCAGGUUUAGACCUGUGUGUGCAGAUCGCCGAGGUGGCCGAGCGUGUCGUCAUCAGUCACUCCAACCCUCCCUUACUUAAACUGGGUAAACUCCCUCCUAAUGUCAGCCAGGCUAGCAGAGUAGAGACUAUCAUAGGUCCAAAUAUCGUCAGGUUUCUGGAUGGACAAGAGUUCCACGCAGACGACAUUAUCUACUGUACAGGCUACCGCCUCAGGUUUCCCUUCCUAACUCCCGACUGUGGCAUCACAGUGGAUCAGGGCAGAGCUUACCCGUUAUACAAAUAUAUCAUCAACACGUGCUACCCUACCAUGUCGUUUAUAGGGAUUUUACAUGAAUCUCCGACGUUUCCUCUGUUUGAAAUCCAGGUAAAAUUUGCUGUAGGUGUGUUAGCGGGUAGGCUGAGUCUCCCCUCUAAGAUAGUCAUGGAUGAAGAAGUUGCCGAAGAUUUUAAGCGCCGUGUAGAAGCGGGAUUGCCACCACAUUACGCCCACACUAUAUUUCAGAUAGAUGACGACUAUGGCGAGGACUUAGCAAAACUGGCUAAAUGCAAGCAGAUCCCACAGACAUGCGUAUUGACGGCUAUAUCCUCCAUUCUCCAAAUGUUUGCCGAUCCUGUUAGUUUCCGAAAUGCGAAUUAUAAGAUAACAGGGCCAGAAUCGUUUGAGAGAAUUCCUCUUCAAACACAAAAACCAAAGAAGGCUGCUUUGUAAACUCGCAAACGUUCCCAUUUUCAUAUCCCCCU